AUGACUCAGCUAUCGGACUACGCGGCGCUCUCCAAACCCAACGAAUCCGAAAACCACGGCGAGUCCAUUGAAGAGCGAUGCUUCUCCGCAGCUCUCAUCUGCAUCGAGGGCCAUUUCACCCUAUCUCCUCCCAUGGGCCCGCAGACCGCCGCUCGCGUGAACUCCAUGAUUUCAAAGACCCUGGAAAAGACGCACACUCUCCGGACAUCUCGAGAGGCUCUAUCCCGCAAUGUAGCCAUCUGGAUAUGGCUUACCAGGAUAUUUGCAGCAGCCAUACCGAGCUUGACCACCCGGUCCGUGGGGCCUCUGUCCAGCCUGAACGAUCCUGAAAAGGGCGUCAGUCCUCAAGAAAGCACAGCACUGAUAGUCAUGAACUACUCCUCCAUCAAGGAGGAUCUAGGGACCCUGAUCAAGCUGAUGCAUAUUGCGAGGAACUUGCUGGUCAACGCCGAACCCGACGUGCCCCAGGAUAUAUGCGCAGCUGUGCAUUUUGACCAGAUGGUUUAUCAGACCAUCAUUCUCUGUGCCAACGUUACGAGCAAGGGCUACGACGGAGAGAUCCUGGAUGAAACACAGAGGCUGAAGCUGGCUGAUGUUACGGAGUUAUACAAAAAACUGCUCGUCACCUCGCUACAGCAAGCGCACAACUGGACAGCCAAGCAUGACCGCAACAAAAUGUCCUUCUGGUUCGACGUAUUAUUCGACGAAGACGAAAAUGCGUUUGGAAGCCACGUAGAGGGCGCAGGCGAUGCCAUAGGCUUUCGAGCAGAUGUGGCCAAACAACAGGUUCAGCACUGGCUUGAUCGAAACUCGAGAAUGUGCGACACGGCCCGGAAACUGCUCAGAGACUAUGCGCAAAAUCAUGCCGACAAGCCGCCUGGAAACCUAGCACCGAUCCGGCCGCUUGCUUGGAACUGGUUGCCCGAGGGCUCUGUCAAUAUGCCUGAUGACGUGGACCAAGGCGGGGACAGGCUCAACCCCGUUUGGAAACCUGACGAGACGGACAAGUUUGAGCAAGAUAGAGCCUACGGCCGGGUUUCAAGAGAGAUUGAUACUUGGUGGCUCCGAGCCCGCGAUCCGAACUACGAGGAGUGGACCGUCAGCAUGCCUACUAUCGAGUAUGCGCAAUCUCGAGCUGAUCAGUGCAAGGCAAGCCUGAUACAUCGCUACGCUCAUUCAUAUCGAGGCGGACACUCGCCGCCACCCGACGUGGCGGAUGGCGAGCUGUCAGACCAAGAGCAUUGUCAUCACUGUCCUGAAUGCUUCGAGUGCCACCACCAUGACGACGAGAACGACGGAUGUGACGAACAGGGGCACGAUUGCGAACACGGACAUGAGCAGCAUGAGCACGACCACGACCACGACCACGACCACGACCACGACCACGAGCAUAGUGAUGAUGCCGAAUGUGAGCAUCAUCAACAGCACCACCAUCACCACCACCACCACCACCACCACCACCACCAUCGCCACGAUCACAACCACAACUAUGGUCAUGACUAUGUAGACGACAUUGAUGACGAGGAUGCUGACGAUGACGAAUCGUACGGCGAUGGACCGUUGACUGGCCUCCUCACCGAAGUCCCCAACAUACUGGAUCCCAAACAGAUUGAAGCUCUGCACAUGAUUGUAAAGUCAUGCAUUCUGGAUAACGCCGGCUCCGGGCUGACGCGCGCCGGGGAAAACCUGCAGAAAACACGAUGCAGGAUGUUUCUCGCCCUGGAGUGCGGCAAGAGCCUGCUGAGGGAACUCCUCGUCUUCAUAGCCGUGUGGGACAAGGACGAGCAAUCGUUAAUUUUCCAAGUCACGACUCAAAUCGUCGAGGCUCUUCACCACAGCGCCUUGAUUCCGUAUGCCUGGAACUCGCUCCGCAUCCCCAAGGACAUCAUGUCGCCAGCCCAGACCGUUCUCUUGCGGCUGGUCAGCCACAUGUUCCGCGCCAGAGGGAGUACCGGCAGCAACAAUGGCCUUCCAUCCUCGGCAGCUGCCCAAGAGCAAAGCGCGAGCGGCAGAGCCCACGGCGGCAACGCAAGCGUCAGCAACAGCAGCACCGCGUCUCCGGAAAAGGACUCGUCCCGAGACGUCAAGCUCGUUCACUUCUUUUACAGCUUUUUCCGCACCCGGAUCGUGCCAGAAUGUGCUGCCCUCAUGCAUCUGCAGGCUCAGAUCCGCGAGGAAAAGGGCGAUCCGGCGGAGUUCCCGGUUGACAGCUGGGACAUGGAGCGAGCCAAGGAUGGCCUGGCCCAAUAUCUGGACUUUCUCACGACUGUAGCCGAAAUCCCCGACACGCGUUGCCAGCUGAUUGAAUGGGAGGUUGUGUACGACCUCGUCACCAUUCUGAGCGGCCUGGAGGCAGGCGUUGCCAAAAAGCCUCUUGUAGAACUACCUAGGCGAUCGCCACCAAAACCAGAAACAGCCAACAGCAACAGCAACAGCAACAGCAACAGCAACAGCAACGGCACCGGCAGCGGCGGCAGCGGCAGCGGCAGCGGCAGCAAUCCAAUGAUUGAGCGUCCCUACGCCACGGAGACUAUCAGCCCGUCGCCUUCUUCCCCUCCGCCACCAAUCCAAGACGCCGCACACAAAUUCCCCUGGCCCGGUGUCAAGGGGCAAAUCUUCACCAUCCUUGCAACGCUUCUGCAGCCGCCGGCGGGUCAGAGCAGCCCCGGCAACGCCCUCGUCCAGACCCAAAUGGUGAAGCACAACGGCAUAGUCCCACUGCUCAACAGCUGCGCCUACGACGACCACAAUCCCUUCGCCAAGGAGCGCGUCACGAUCUGCCUCAAGUGGCUACUGGACGGGUGCGAGGCGGCCAACAACUUCUUCCGGGAGCUGGUCAGCAUGACACCGCAGCCGAGUCUGAAGCCGCCCCCGCCUGGCGGAGCUACGGUGUCGACGCUGAAAAUCGACGGGAUCGACGGCGACGUCAAGGUGCAGGUGCGGUCGAGCACGGCCCCGCCCGAGGGACGCAAGGAAGCCGGGGAUGCGGGUGGGCAUCAGGAUUUCUUGCAAAAGGCAGCCGAGAUGAGCUUGAGCUCGGCGCCUGCUACAGCACGAGGCAGUCUGGAGGACGAUUUUAUGGCAUAG